AUGACUUUGUUUAUCUUUAUAAUUAAAGGUAAACCUAAUUAAUCAGGAACACUUGAGACAAAUAUUGAAUAUUAAAUAAAUUUAGAUUACUCAUCAAAAGCAAACAGUAUAAUAAUCAAAUUUUAUCUAUAUUCAUAAAAUGUUGUGUGUUUAGUAUCCUAAACUAAUUUAGAUUAAGUUUUAUUUACAGAUUUAACUGAUUCCAAAAGUGAAUCUUUUAGUUAUGAUUAUUAAAGUUAUUUAGCUAAUAGUGCUUAUUAAUUAGUAGAAAUAGAGUUUUAAACAAUUAUUUAUAUAAGAUGUUUAGAAUCUCAUUAAAAUAGUGAAAAAAGUUCUUAUGAAUUAUAUAUAUCAGAAACUCCAUUUAUAGACACUUGUAAUAAUGAUUGUAAUGGUUAUAAUUAUCCAGAAAUAUAAAAUUCUGUUUGUUUAUCUAUGUAUUGUAAUUGUUUAGAUUUAAAUUUUGGACUUUAUUGCCAAUUUUAAUCAUCUAAAAUAUAUAGCAAUAUAUAUUAUAAACUAACAAUAGAAUCUUAUAAAUGGAUAUAUUUAAAAUAUGAAUUAAGUACAACUAAUAUAGAAUUUUAAUGUAUAAAUGAAGUAUAGGAUGUAUGUAAAAUAUUUGAUAAUAAUGUAGUUUAUAGCUUUGUUUUUUAAAAAACACCUUAAAAGAUAAUUCCAACAAUAGAAAAUAGUUAGAAAUUAAAGUCUAUAACAAAUAUUUAAGAAUAAUUAAUAAAUAAUCAAACAAAUAAUAAUGCUGACGUAAUCUAUAUAGGACUUUAUAAUAAUUAAUCAAAAACAAUAGAUUUAUAAUUUAAAAUAGUUACUUAUAAUGAUGAUAAUAAUGAAUCUAUGUUUGAACGUAAUAAAAUAAUUAUUAUAAUAACUGCUUGUGUAAUUGCAACUUUAUUAUUAUUUGCUAUUGGUAUAUCUGCAUUAAGAACUAGAAAAUAAAAAUAAAUUAGAAAAUAAGUAUAAGAAGAUAUACGUAGAAAUUUAAAUAAUGAUUAAUAAUAAACAAAUAGAGUAUUUAAUCCAGCUAUAUAUAAAGGUAAUAUUAAUAUAAUUAAUAAGGUUUCUAAAUUAGAUUUAUUAAAGAUCAUUUUAAAGCUCAUUAUUAUGAUAAAUUUAUAUUAGUAUAUCCUGGAUUAUCAUAAUUUUAAGAAUGUGCUGUUUGUUUAGAAUAAAUGAAUAAAGCAAAUAAUAAAUUAUAAAGAAUUUGUUCUGUAACACCUUGUUUUCAUAUUUUUCAUUAUAUAUGUCUUUAAGAAUGGUUAUUAAGAUAAAAAAAUUGUCCAUUUUGUAGAACUGAAUAUACUAGAAAAAAGAUUAUUUAAGAUUUUCCAUGGUUAGAUAUUGGAAAUUUAUAAAUCAAAAAUACUGAUUCUAAUUAUUUAUCUAGAAUGAAAAAUUAAAUUGAAAGUGUUAAUGAAAGUCGUAUAGAAUUAAAUAAUCAUUAAUAAAUAUAAUAAACACAUUAAUUAGAAGAAAUUAAAGAUUGA